AUGUUGAGAAGCCUUCAAUUAGACUCCACUCAUAGAAACAUCUUAGCUCUGAGACUCUCUUAUCUGCUAUUUCUCUUUUCUUCAAUUCUUAGUUCCCAUAGCUACACUACCAGAACCCAUAUCUUCAUUUAUGCAGGUUGCUCUCAAGAAAAAUACCAACCUAACUCACCCUUUGAAGCCAACCUAAACUCCUUUCUGUCUUCAGUUGUUAGUUCAUCUUCUGAUGUUUCCUACAAUAACUUUGCUUUUGGAAAUGGAAGCUCAACACCACCAGAAGGGUCCAUAUAUGGAAUAUAUCAGUGUAGGGGUGAUUUGAGGCCAAUUGAUUGCUCAAAAUGUGUUGAAAGUUCUGUUAACCAAAUAGGCUUAGUAUGUCCCUAUGCUCUUGGGGCUUCUUUGCAACUUGAAGGCUGUUAUCUAAGAUAUGAGCAUUUUGAUUUCAUUGGCAAACCUGACACAAGCCUUAGGUACAGGAAGUGUAGUAAAGCUGUGACUAAUGAUGUUGAGUUUUUCAGGCGUAGAGAUGAUGUUCUAGCUGAUUUGCUAACAGCUAAUGGAUUUAGAGUUAGUACUUCAGGUUUUGUUGAAGGGUUUGCACUGUGUUUGGGGGAUUUAACUGUAGCAGAUUGCUCUUCUUGCCUUGCUGAAGUUGUGGGAAUGUUGAAGAGCAUAUGUGGAUCAGCAGCAGCAGCUGAUGUGUUCUUGGCACAAUGUUAUGCUCGGUACUGGGAAUCUGGCUACUAUGGUGAAAAAGAUUCUCCCAGCGAGGAUCAAGUGGGAAAAUCAGUUGCCAUUAUUGUGGGAGUACUAGCAGGUCUAGCCAUUCUAGUUGUACUUCUCUCAAUCUGCCUAAGAGCAAUGGUUAAGAAGAUGUAG